GGGAGGGGGCAGAGAGCCCUGGGUUUGGAUUUAAAGGGGGUGGAAGGUGGUUUCAUCCUCCUCUUCAAACCCACCCCUCGCUACUCCAGCCAUGGGUUCACAAGGAAGGGGUCUGGACGUGAUGCUGGAGCUGGCUACGGAGGCGAGGGAUUUCCAACUGGCCGCCGAGAUCUACCAGCGGCAGCUGCGGGCCAGGCAGCAGCAGCAAGCCGGGGGCGACCCGGAGGAGAUCCGCUUGAGACGUGCCCGCUGCCUGGUGCUGGCGGAGAGGCUGAGCGAGGCGCUGCAGGAGUACCAGCUGCUGUCGGCUCAGGGCAGCCUGCGAGCCGAGCACCUGGGCGAACUGGUGGCUUACCUCGCCCGGAGCCUGAGAGUCAGUCAGGGCUGGGGAGAGGGCGAUCCUCCGGGCGGGGGCUUGCUGAGCUGCCGCUGCUGCACGGGCACCUUGUUCGAGCCGGUCACUCUCCGCUGCGGGCACACUUAUUGCAAAAACUGCUUGGAGAAGGAGCGGGACAGCGGAAGGGCUUGUUGCAAAGUUUGCAAGGAGAGAGUGCCCACCGCCGGACCCUACAGAGUCAACGUGGUCCUGAACAGUUUCUUAGGCAAAUACUUCGUGACGGAGACUAGAGCACUCGCCCUCCGUCACGAAGGCAACAGCUUAUAUAAGAAAAACAAACCCCUGGCUGCCUUAGAGAAAUAUCAUCAAGCUAUUGUAUUAGCCCCCAAAGACCAUUUGCUGUUGAGCAACCGUGCACAGAUUAAUGCAAGUCUGAAAUGCUUUGAAGAUGCGCUGCGCGAUGGAACUGCUGCUUGUAACAUCCAGCCUUUCUGGUCUAAAGGUCAUUUAAGAAAAGCACAAGCGCUAGCAGGUCUGCAGAAAAUGGACAAAGCUUUGAAGGAGUAUCUAAUUUGUAUUGCUUUAGAUUCCGAAAAUAAAACAGCAAAAAUGGAAGCCCAAAAGAUCCUGUGUGAUUUGCUUUCACCCAUUGCUGAAAAUAUACAUCAAAGGUUACCUGACAUAAUGCAGCUUAUGUCUCCACGAUCACGAAUUAAGGGAAUUGUCCUGAACUCGCUGAAUUCUAGAAAUCCGAGCAAUGUAUUUGAAAAUUCGUGCAAGGUAAAUGUCGAUACAACUGGCUUUGAAACCAAACAGGAAUGGAAGUCUCACUCCUACUGUAACUCAACGAAACCAGCUCAAGUAAUGAGUGAAAAUCAAGACACCUUGAAGAAUUUGUCCACAGAACCAGCCUUGAAGAUUUCCGAAAAGAAGAAUACUUUGAAAACACAGCACAGUGUUAUUAAAGAAGAAGAACCUGGAACAACUGAAGGCUACACCAAAUGCAAUAAGCGAGCCAGGUCACAGAGUCCCAGGAGAGAACAAGAUACCUUACCAAAGCUUGUUGAUGCGUUUGACCUGGAGUGCUCCCUAUGUAUGAGGCUGUACUAUGAGCCCAUCACCACGCCAUGCGGGCACACAUUUUGUCUUAAGUGUGUUGAGCGGUGCAUAGAUCACAGUCCAAAAUGUCCUCUUUGUAAAGAAGUCUUACCUGAGUAUCAGGCGCUCAGAAAGUACAACCGAACUGUUCUAAUAGAAGAACUAAUUGUGCAUUACUUGCCUGAGGAACUUGCUGAACGGAAAAGAGUUAAUGAUGAAGAGAUGGCGGAACUGUCAAAUCUCAACAAAGCUGUGCCAAUAUUCAUCUGCACCAUGGCAUACCCCACUGUCCCAUGUCCACUGCACAUCUUUGAACCCCGUUAUCGAUUAAUGAUCCGGAGAUGCAUGGAGACUGGCAACAAACAGUUUGGAAUGUGCUUGAGUGAUCCAGUUAAAGGCUUUGCUGACUAUGGCUGUAUGCUGGAGGUCAGAAGCGUUGAGUUAUUUUCGGACGGUCGUUCAGUCGUGGACACUAUUGGCAGGAGAAGGUUUAAAGUGUUAAGACACAGUGAAAAGGAUGGAUACAGCACUGCAGAUAUUGAAUACCUCGAAGAUAAAAAGGUAGAGGGAGAAGACUACACUGAGCUUGUUCGCCUUCACGACCUUGUCUAUGAUCAGGCAUACUUGUGGUUCAGCUCACUCAAGCAAGUACUGAAGACUCGAAUUCUGAGCCACUUUGGACCAAUGCCAAGGAAGGAUACAGAUAUACAGGCCAGUCCCAAUGGCCCAGGCUGGUGUUGGUGGCUGCUCGCCGUGCUCCCACUUGAGAGUCGGGCUCAGCUUCCUUUCCUCGCCAUGACAGCUCUUCAGGAACGCUUGAAUGGCAUUAGGCGUGUGUUAUUGUUCAUGUCGCGCAACUCUGCACGGUGACUGAGUGACUGGUUUGGACCACAGCUCAUGUGUGCUGUGGUAGGAACCCCUGUUGGCUCCACAAUAGUGACGUUUUUUCUACAUUCAUGUCUUAUCUGAAGCAGUCUGAUAAAAAGGGUAUCAUCUUUUUGAAGGAUGUGCAUAGUCGGUGAUUUAAAGAGUGUUACUGAUAAUAUAAUCAAUUGACGGCAUUUAGUGCUAACACCUCAGUACCUUCUUUUAUGACUAUU